ACCAAUGAGGGUUCGUCUCUCCCGAUGCAUAAGGUAGCGAGCUCUCCCGUAGCUCUAACAUUGCUAUUGUGCUGCACCGAUCUCACUUCUUGGAGGCGUCUUCGUACACGCCUACCUCGAAGUUGUCCCUUGUUUCCGCUUUCGUUCUGGUGGCCGCAUUGUACCUUUUCUCCUCGAGCGCUUGGAUCUUGUGUAGGAAGCCUUGGUUUGCCUGUGUAGUUAAAGCUAGCGACAAUGAGAGAGUGCAUCUCGAUCCACAUUGGCCAGGCCGGUAUCCAGGUCGGAAACGCCUGCUGGGAGCUUUACUGCUUGGAGCACGGCAUUCAGCCGGAUGGUCAGAUGCCAGCUGAUAAGACAGUUGGAGGAGGAGACGAUGCGUUCAACACAUUUUUUUCGGAGACCGGUGCCGGAAAGCACGUUCCUCGCGCGGUGUUUCUGGAUCUGGAGCCAACUGUGAUUGAUGAGGUGCGUACUGGCACUUAUCGUCAGCUGUUUCACCCCGAGCAGUUGAUCAGUGGCAAGGAGGAUGCCGCGAACAACUUCGCCCGUGGUCAUUACACGAUCGGGAAGGAGAUCGUGGAUCUAUGCCUCGACCGUAUUAGGAAGCUAGCGGACAACUGCACUGGCCUGCAGGGUUUCUUAGUGUUCAAUGCUGUGGGAGGAGGAACCGGAUCCGGUUUGGGAAGUCUGCUGUUGGAGCGUCUAUCUGUCGACUAUGGAAAGAAGUCGAAGUUGGGAUUCACCGUAUAUCCAUCUCCUCAGGUGUCUACGUCCGUGGUGGAGCCGUACAACAGUGUGUUGUCUACCCACUCGCUCUUGGAGCAUACCGAUGUUGCGGUGCUGCUUGACAAUGAAGCUAUCUACGAUAUUUGCCGAAGGUCUUUGGACAUCGAGCGUCCGACCUACACCAACCUGAAUAGGCUGGUAUCACAGGUCAUCUCAUCAUUGACGGCGUCGCUGCGGUUCGAUGGUGCGCUGAAUGUGGAUGUGACGGAGUUCCAAACUAACUUGGUGCCUUACCCGCGUAUCCAUUUCAUGCUUUCCUCUUACGCUCCCGUCAUCUCUGCGGAAAAGGCAUACCACGAGCAGCUGUCAGUUGCGGAGAUCACGAACUCUGCAUUUGAGCCGUCCUCUAUGAUGGCCAAAUGUGACCCUCGACACGGGAAGUACAUGGCAUGUUGUCUAAUGUACAGAGGAGACGUAGUCCCUAAGGACGUCAACGCCGCCGUUGCCACUAUCAAGACGAAGAGGACCAUCCAGUUUGUGGAUUGGUGUCCAACCGGAUUUAAGUGUGGUAUUAACUACCAGCCACCAACUGUUGUUCCUGGAGGUGACCUUGCUAAGGUACAGAGGGCCGUGUGCAUGAUAUCCAACAGCACCAGUGUCGCCGAGGUCUUCUCCAGAAUCGACCACAAGUUCGACCUCAUGUACGCGAAACGUGCUUUCGUUCACUGGUAUGUGGGUGAAGGUAUGGAGGAGGGGGAGUUUUCCGAGGCUCGUGAGGACCUGGCGGCCCUUGAGAAGGAUUACGAAGAAGUCGGUGCCGAGUCUGCGGAGGAUGGUGGUGAUGAAGAUGGCGAAGAGUACUGAAGGGAAUCUGUCUAGACUGUGUGGGAUAGGCCAUCAAUAACUUGAUGAACUGUUACUUUAUGUUCGGAGCCGAAAGCAAAAUAUGACUGCGUUCAUCAUGUUCACCAUUAGUGUUCUGUCGAUUUGGCGUGAUUGUUCAAGUUGUGGUUUGAACUCGAGAGCAUUACCUAAA